AGGCUUAUUAGCCAAAUAGCUUUUGUUUGAUUUAGUUUCAACUUCCAAGUUGAUAGCUCAGGCGUCGAAUUUCUUGUCAGCAUUUUAUGGCACUCUCCUAUAAUUCUCAUCAACUGUUCUUGGAAGCUCCAACCAUUAAAUAUUUUGGUCGGACUAAUUUCCUUGAAAUCUCUGCAAAACAGGGAUUUCUCUCUCAAGAUGACCUGGGAAAUUUCUGGAAAUUUGGAAACCGAAAACCCAAGAGUAGAAUUAACCCACUUUUUACUGUUAGCGCUGCAUCUUCAUCUUCUUCUUCAUUCGGUGGCACUGCUUCUGAUUAUCCUGAAGAACUGAUUAGUGAACGGAUAAAGAAGAAACGAAGCAGCAUAGCUGGGAUUGACCAGGAUGAGUUACAAGACCCUAGACAAUUAGCUGAUUCUGACAGCUGUUUCUGCGAGUUUAAAGGGGUGCAUAUACAUUAUAAAGUAUGUGAAGCAGAAUCAUCCAUGUCAAAGGACAAAAAAACUUCUCAGCUUGAUGAUCCCAAUAGAAAAUUUGGUUUUCCGAUGAUUUUUCUUCAUGGCUUUGGUGCCUCUACUUUUUCCUGGCAUCGAGUUAUGAAGCCUUUUGCGCAAUUAAUUGGUUCUAAGGUUCUAGCAUUUGAUAGGCCAGCUUUUGGGCUGACAUCAAGAGUUAGCCAUUCAGUAUGUUCUCAGGCUGAUGAUACAAAGCCUCUUAACCCCUAUUCUACGGCAUUUUCUGUGCUGGCAACUUUGUACUUCAUCGACUUCCUAAAAUCAGAGAAAACAGUGCUUGUAGGGCAUUCAGCUGGGUCCCUUACAGCGGUGGAGGCAUACUUUGAGGCUCCUGACCGAGUUUCUGCAUUGAUUCUUGUGGCGCCAGCCAUAGUGGCCCCACUUUCUGCCACCAACUCUGCAAAGGAAAAUCAGUCAGACAAAGAAAAUCAAGUCCAGGAAAGCAACUCCACUUCAGAUAAACAUCCGAAUCUGUUUGUGAAGUUUGGACAGGUCAUGUCAAAGUGUAGCGGAUACAUUAUAAACACAAUAGUGCAAGUGUUGAAAGGGAUAAUGAAUGUAAUUAGCUCCCUGUACAAGAAAGCUAUAGUUGCACUCUUGCGCUCAGCUUUAGCCGUAACAUUGGUAAGGAUGAUCAUUAACAAGUUUGGUAUUGCUGCUGUUAGAAAUGCAUGGUAUGAUGGCAAUCAAGUUACUGACCAUAUUCUACAAGGUUACACAAAGCCACUACGAACUAAAGGUUGGGAUAAGGCUCUCGUGGAGUACAUUGUAGCUAUGCUGAUGGAUACUCAAGCUAAACAAAAGUCACCAUUGGAUAAAAGACUCCAAAAUAUUACAUGUCCAGUACUGAUUGUUACGGGUGAUAGUGACCGGCUUGUUCCUUCUUGGAAUUCCGAAAGGCUAUCACGAGCAAUACCUGGAUCCCAGCUAGAGAUAAUCAAGAAUUGUGGUCAUCUCCCCCAUGAAGAAAAGCCAGACGAGUUUAUAUCUAUUGUUACAAACUUUUUGCAGAGAGUUUCUUCUGGUUCAGAAGAAUUAUGCUUUCAAACAUGACGGGGGUUAUCUUCCCAUGUAUAAAUUUAAGCAUCCAUCAACAUGCUCAUUCUGUUAUCCCAUUCCUCAUGAAAGAUGCCAAGUCCCCCUUCUAAGGAGUCAGUCUAUAAGUAAACCUACAUGCAUGCAUAAAUGUAUAUAAUGUAUGUGGGGACUAUACAGUCAUUUUGGUGACUUCCUAGAAUCAUUUUCUGUACUUCUUUCCUUUGGGAAACACCA